AUGCGUGAUGCGGGCGAGGUCGAGGUGGCACAAGACGUGCACAUCGCCCCUGAGGUGGAGGAGUGGGUGAACCCGCUGUUUGCCACAGCCGCGGAGGAUGAGGAGGCGGCGAAGGCAGCGGAUGCUGAGGAUGCCGGGGACCUGCAGGAGGAGGAGGAGGAGGAGGAGGAGGAGGAGGAGGAGGAGGAGGAGGAGGAGGAGGAGGAGGAGGAGGAGGAGGAGGAGGAGGAUGAGGAUGAAGAGGAGCGGGUGUUCGUUCAGUCCAGCCUUUACGAGCGUCUAGAAAGGGGUGACAUCGCGCCUUACCAGCUGGUAGGCGACGCCGCCUACCCUCUCCGCAGCUAUUGCCUCACCCCCUUGCACGCUCCUACUGGCCGCCUCAUGCUCGAGUGGGAGCAAACUUUCAACUACUGCCAGUCUGCCACUCGCAUGUCGGUGGAGCGCACCAUCGGGCAGUUCAAGGGGCGUUACCGCCUCUUUGCCGGACGUCACGACUGUGCCUUAUGGCGCGUCCUUGCCGGGGCCAGUUGCGUGGUGAUACUGCACAACAUGGGGGUGAAGAUGGCGGGGUCACGGAUGAAAGAUCCGAACCACAAAUGGCAAGCUACUUCGAUCAAUCGUGACCCGUGGUGGACGAGAGGUGACCUAGCGCAGUACAAUUGGAACGCGGACUUGGCGGUCACGAAGACCGAUCUUAAAGAACGACGCAAGAGGUUUGGGGAGGCGCUUCAUGACGCUUACCUUAAGCGUCGUCGUCAGUCCAACGCCAUUCCUCCAUACUGUCACUAA